AUGGAUUUGGCCAUUCUGGCUGAUAUAUCACAGAGUCUAAGAACAGAAGAUCUGCACCGACUGCGAGAUGCCAUUCAUGACGUAGUGGAGAGAGUGGGUGUGUCUGAAAGAAAAACUCGCGUCGCUGUUGUCACGUUUGGCGGGAACACCAGUGUCGUAAACAACUUUGCCAACAGCACUUACUAUAACGCAAACUACUUGAAGACACGUGUGACUGAGGCACUGCGUAGUAACUCGAGACGCGAGGGAACUCGUACAGAUUUGGCUCAACGCCAGGCAGCGACAAAGCUCUUUACUACUGAAGGUGGAGACAGACCCGAUGUCAGAAAUGUGAUGUUAAUCUUUACCGACGGAAAGUUUUACAUCAGCAAAAAAUGGGAUAGACGACCUAAUAUUACACUAUUAAACACCACGAGAGAAUUGGAGGUAAUUUGAAUUGAUAUUUUUUUAUCAGUUUUAGAGUCGCUAGAGCAACGUAGCUGGCAACUUGUAUAAAUGCGGUAAAACUUUCUUGUUUCGAUGCAAGAAAUUUCCCCAAUAUAUCUGGCAUUUCCAUAAAUAGUAGUAAUAAUCAUUUUAAAGAUUUCCUUCAACAACCCUUCGAUCACAGAACACACUAACUUUGCAUCGAAAGAGAAAGUAAAAAAACUACAGAGUGGUUUUAAUUUUUUUGUGGCUCUGUGUUCCGGCAUAUUUUCAAAUUGGUCAUUCUUGAAAUUCCUGACUCCAGCAGCGCUCCAAAAUAUAAUCUGUUUGCAGAAAUUUCAAUUUAAUUUGCUCUUGUUACUUCAGCCUUUUUAUAAAUCGUAAUAGGCUGUGUUGUUUCUCCUCUUUCCUCAUUUUUUUUCUCGAUAAGAAAAAAGGUGUGAGAAUCAUUGUGGUUGGAAUUGGGAAAGAUGUGUCAAAAGAGAAGAUAAAAAAAGCGGCUGGUAGCAAAGAAGAGGUUAUAAUACACAACAGUUAUGGGGAAUUGAUUGAGAAACUUCAAAAGUUGAUCGAUGGAAUAUGCAGUAAGUUAAGGUCAUCAGCUUUGUAUUGCGCGUAUUACAUGCUUAAGUAAGAAUCGAACGAGUCCCCAACCUGGGAAAUGAGUUGUGAAGGGAUGAGAUUUCGGGGCCACUGAACUGACUUCGUUUUAGACUUUCUUAUGAUUAAGGCGGCAGAUUAUAUUCUAUCUUUUUUUUUAACACCUGGAAAGCACAUGCUCAUCGCCAUCUUCAAGUAAGCUCCGCCAUCUUCUUGGUGUUAUGGGUAUUACCUCUCCUCUCUAACGUAGGAUCAUUCGUUAGAGGUUGAAGUGCAAGCCAUUUAUUGUAGAGAAAUCAGCCUUUGAAGGGAAAGGAUUAUUUGACAUGACAAAAAAUAAAAAAGGCCUGGCUUGCAACCAUUUUCCGAGUAACUUUCUUGGCCGAACUCAUCACGGAGAGGCUAGUCUCUCAAAACAAAUAUUGAAAACUCCAGUGUUUUUUUUAUCAGUAGAUUUUAUGAGAUGCAUGGCUGUGGAAGGGAGGCGAUUUUAUUGUUUUUGUUUUUAUUCAAAUUAAGUUCCAAAAGAUGGGGGCUACUCUGAUUGGUCAGAAUCUGAGUGCAGUGUGACGUGCGGAGGCGGAAUAAAGACUCUUACGAGGACCUGUACCAAUCCUCCACCAAUCAAUGGCGGGAGGGACUGCACCAGACUGGGACCUGCAUCGAAAAAUGUUCCUUGCAAUGAAUAUGCAUGCUCCAGUAAGUCAUUCACUUUCCUUGUAAUUUAUGUCAAGAUAUAGUUGGCCAGUAUUUGUAACGAACAAAACCACUUCCACCUGGUGAGAGAUUUCUUGCAGUUCGGUAACAUAGAAAAACUCAGCAAUUUAAUCAAAGAAGAAACGAACGAACGGACAAGUGGCUAUGGAUGGAUAAGAUCACCAAAAAAAAUGUGCAUGACUGAAUUUAGUUCAAAGUUAGACAUUUUAUAUUUAAACGGUACCCAGUCAGUGACCUACCGUGAAACAUGGAAUCUUGUGAGGAUUAUGUUUUGCGGAUUACCUUUCUAUUUUGGCCACAAAUAAUUUUUGAGGUUUAAAGUUUAUGAAAUUUCAGCCAGGACUUUAUUUUGAGGGUCUUUUUUCGAGCAGUGUAACACUGAAAAGAAAAUUUUCUCCCGGCUUGUCGAGUUCAUCAGUGAAGAGCUGGUCGGGUUAAUGAUUCGUAUAUCGAUGUCAGUUAGAGUGCUAUUUGAACUCUUUUUUCCCAGAAGAGAUUAACACCAAACUUCUCCCUAUAUUAUUCCUACAUUGUCCAGCAAACAGGUGAUGAGAAUACCCAAACUUAUCAGGUAGAUUUUUGUUAUCCUAGUCUAACACCAAAUUCUCAUAACUAAUUUACAAGGAAAUCUGUAACAGCUAGAAGAGAGAAUUGACAAUAAGAUAUCAAGAGUUGAAGGGUUCAUGAAAGCGAAAAGUGAUACAUGCAGAGUUUUUCAUUUGCGGUAUAUUGCCGUGCAGAUUUCUUUUUUCUUCAGGAAAUUACCUUUUCAGAUAAAGGUCUAUUGGAAAAUCCACAAAGAUUAAAUGCCUCAAAAUUUUUACGCUGCUCCGUAGCUCUUGAAAGGGCUUUUUAUGAUUGCACGAAAAAGGCAGCUCUAUCCUGGGUGCUAUGUUGAAAGGUGCGUUAGCCAAGCAUUUACAAAAGAUAGUUUACACUGAUCUUUUUGUUGGGUAAUCUAGUAUGCCCCAUGGAUGUGGCGUUUAUCAUGGACUCUUCUGGAAGCAUAAAGCGAGCGGAAUUCUACGAGGAAAGACUCCUCGUCAAGAAGCUGGUGGUGCAGGUGACAGCAACUGGUAACCGGGAAGCUCUGAUUUUGUUCGGUUCAUCAGCGAGUGUCAAAGCUCAACUUGGACAGUACGAUACCGCUGAAAAGUACAUAGAAGUUGUACAAAAACUACGAAAGAAAAACGGAAGAACUCGAAUCGACAGGGCUCUAGAUGUGGCUGUUGAUGAGGUGUUCUCUUCUGCGAGACCCUAUGCAUAUAAGAUUGUCAUCGUUCUAAGUGAUGGCGUACAAUCCAAAGGAGCUAAAAGCUUGAGGGAGAGUUCCAGACCCCUUCGACAGGCAAACGUUCGUGUAUUAGCGGUGGGGAUUGGAACUGGUAUGGCGAAAAAUAGAUUGAGGCUAAUGACAGGAAGUGAUGACGAUGUUGUGGAUGUGAAAGAUAUUGACGGACAUCUGCAGUAUAUAAUCACCAAUAUUUAUCGAAAUCCUUGCGGCGCCCUGCGUAAGUAUCAACUUGUG